CGCGCGCGCGGCUUACAUCAUUUCCGUGGAGUGUGUGCAGAAAGGAACUGAGCCCGAGGAGAUCCGUAACGUACGGCCCUCUCAAGUUUGGAGAUUAUAAUCAAAGUAGAGCUUGCAUUUGUCUUGGCUCUCCCCCCGACGCAUCUUGUCAUGUGAGACCAGAGAAUUGAGAGCAGUCGUCCCUCUUUACAGUCCUGUUGGAAAAAAGGAAAACCUAAGAACGAUUAAGGGUGUCUUAAAACUAACCAUUUGCAUGUGUGCAGAGCAUAUUUUCUUUUCAAAUGGCUGAAAACCUGGCAAAUGUCGUGCAUGAACAGAUUUCAGAGGAUUUUCCAGAUGUCCAUCGGAGCAAUGGGAAUGAUGGAACAGAGAGACGAAGGACUGAGGUCAGAGAGGCAGAGUCAAAUGGACAGCCUGCCUCACGACCUUCCCGACCUGUAGAGAGUGAGGAAGACGAGGAUGAAGAACUGACCUUGAAAUAUGGAGCAAAACAUGUCAUUAUGCUCUUUGUCCCAGUCACACUGUGCAUGGUGGUGGUUGUCGCAACCAUCAAAUCUGUCAGCUUUUACACUAAGAAAGAUGGGCAGUUGAUAUAUACUCCAUUCCCAGAAGAGACGGACACAGUAGGACAAAGAGCUCUGAACUCCAUACUAAAUGCUACGAUCAUGAUCAGUGUCAUCAUUGUCAUGACGCUACUUCUGGUUGCCCUCUACAAGUAUCGUUGCUAUAAGGUCAUUCAUGGCUGGCUAAUCAUCUCAUCAUUGCUAUUACUGUUCUUUUUUUCCUACAUUUAUCUAGGGGAGGUCUUUAAGACAUACAAUGUGGGAAUGGACUACAUUACAUUGACUCUGAUUAUCUGGAAUUUUGGUGUUGUUGGGAUGAUCUGUAUACACUGGAAGGGACCUCUGCGCCUCCAGCAAGCCUAUCUGAUCAUGAUCAGUGCCCUCAUGGCCCUUGUCUUCAUCAAGUACCUACCCGAGUGGACCGCUUGGUUAAUUUUAGCUGUUAUUUCAGUGUAUGAUCUUGUUGCUGUGCUUUGCCCGAAGGGUCCACUCCGAAUGCUGGUAGAGACUGCCCAAGAGAGGAAUGAGCCAAUAUUUCCAGCUCUAAUUUACUCUUCUACAAUGGUGUGGUUGGUAGGCAUGGCUGAUGGAGAUGCAGAAUCCCAGAAAAAGCAGACUCCUAGGCUGGCAGCACCAGAUUCUCAGGCUACAGACCAGAUGGAUGAUGGAGGCUUUACACCAGAAUGGGUUGACGAACAGUUAAAUGAUCUGGGGCCCAUUGAGUCAACUGAAGAGACACGUAGAGAAAUACAGCAGAUGCCUAGUGAUCGGGCUCCUGCUGUUCCGACUGAUGACCCAGAAGAGAGAGGUGUGAAGCUUGGACUGGGGGAUUUUAUCUUCUACAGUGUGCUAGUAGGAAAAGCUUCUGCCACAGCUAGUGGUGAUUGGAAUACCACUCUGGCAUGCUUUGUUGCCAUUCUUAUUGGCCUGUGCCUAACAUUGCUGCUUCUGGCAAUCUUUAAGAAGGCCCUUCCUGCCCUCCCCAUCUCCAUCACCUUUGGCCUCGUCUUCUAUUUUGCUACUGACAACCUUGUGCGCCCUUUCAUGGACCAAUUAGCUCUUCAUCAGUUUUACAUAUAGCACUGAGACCCCUUCGCAGUGCACAGCUGCUAACAAACCAGAACUAAAAGUAAUAAUAAUACUGGAGAAGUGGAAGCCUUCAAUAUCACCUCAGGAGCAAAAAGAGAUUAAACCAUUCUGGAAACUUGAUUUAUAUUUUUCCCUUGGUUGGUGUGUGCAGUCUAGAUGGUUUCAAGUGUUCCCAUCAUCUGUGGGUUGGAAAAUAAGUGGCUUUGGUCUAAUACGGAAUUGAGGAUGUGCCUCUUACACCACCUUAAAAGACUGUGCAUCUCACGGUGUUAGAGGCCU